ACUUAGCUUGGAGCCGGUCUAGAAUGGAGCCGUAAGGCGCCUCCUUCCCUCCACGAGCCUUGGGUGUGCACCUUAGGCAAGUGCUAGUACACCCUUUGCCUCCCUUGCCAGGGUCACGGCUGGGCGGAUGAGCUACUAGAGUGCUAACAUUGGCGGUUCUGAUAGUCAAAUUGGCUUCAGUUUCGGCAAAAUGCAACGAGCUUCUCUGUGGUCACCGGCCAGGGCGGAAGGGCUCCACGACGAGCUCAGCGGCCAUUAUGUCCUCGUGCCUCCAAGGUAGGUUUUUGAGCCAGAGGCUACGACAAGGACAGUCUGAUGUAAAACCUACGACCCGUGGAUCUCGCUGUCACCGUCGCAGCUCGCUGGGCCAUGACAGAUGAACCCAGGUGUAAAGGGUGGAGACAGUACUGCGCACACUGCACUUUACUUUAAAACUCGUCUGCGCAGGCUCGAAGGAUACGUUCACGUCUGCGACGCCUUCAACUCUAUGAAGUACUGUUGCGAUGGGAAAGGGGCGAAACCGGCAGGUGAAAGAUGCCACUGGAAGCCGCAGUCUCAAUCCUGCAUACAGGCGGUUUGAGAUAUUGGUCGCCUGAUGUUGACCCGAGAUGACAACAUCACUCGGCAGCGCCUAGAAAAGGUGGCCUAACCAAAGCUCGUCUCUCAUCCCCCCAGUUGGCUUGCCGUGGUCAACGUGCAUCUUUACUAGCGGUCGAACAACAACAAAGAAAGGAAGGUAUGCACCCACCGGUAUGGGUGCAAAAGCACUGAAACUGGCAUGUUGGAGCAUCAGAACCAUGCUUGACAAAGCUGACAGCAACAGACCUGAACGUCGCUCUGCUUUGAUUUCACAUGAACUGUCCAGGCUAGAUGUCGACAUUGCUGCCCUCAGCGAAGUUCGCUUCCCCGAAGAAGGCAGCCUUCAGGAGCAUGGCGCCAGAUAUACCCUCUUCUGGUAAGGAAAACCUGCAACAGAAAGGCGUCUCGCAGGCGUCGGCUUCAGGGUUAGAACCUCCAUCACUUCCAAGUUGGAAAACCUGCCAACUGGUUAUUUUGACGGCAUCAUGUCCAUGCGCCACCCUCUGAAGAACGAAAAGUAUGCCACGCUCUUCAGUGUGUAUGCCUCAACUCUUCAAGCUGUGCCUGCAGAAAAAGACAAGUUCACUCAGAGCUCCGCAGAGUUCUUCGAAGCACCUCCAUAGACGAUAAGGUGAUAAUCCUUGGCGACUUCAACGCCAAAGUGGGAAAAGCUGCUGUUGCCUGGAAAGGAGUGCUUGGCAGACAUGGCGUUAGUAACUGCAAUGACAACGGGCGCUUGCUGCUGGAGUUUUGCAUGGAGCAGCAACUUGUCAUCACCAACACCAUCUUCCAACAAAAGGGCAGUCUGAAAACAACCUGGAUGCAUCCUCGGUCCAAACACUGGCACCUUAUUGACUACGUUCUAGUGCGCCAACGAGACCUCUAAGGCGUCUUACAUACCAGAGUGAUGCCCAGCGCAGAAUGUCACACUGACCAUCGCCUCGUGCGCUGCAAACUCAGACUUCACUUCAAACCAAAACCAAGAAAGGGAGGGCCCCCAAAGAAAAUGUUGAAGCUCAGUAGGCUACAAUCAGCUGUAGUGAGAGCUGACUUCCAGAAGUGCUUGCAGUUCAAGCUUGAAAACGACGGCUGCCCAGAAGAUCCCUCACCUGAUUCACUUUGGCUUCAUUUGAAAAGAGCCAUACUGCAGACAUCACAAGAAGUCCUGGUCACCACUAAAAAGAACAAAGACUGGUUUGACGAACACAACAAGCAGAUCCUGGAAUUGCUGGCUAAGAAGAGAUCAGCCCACCAAGCUCACCUGGCUCAGCCGUCCUGUCCCGUGAGGAAAGCUGCCUUUCGCUACACUUGCAGCAACCUCCAGCGCAAGCUUCGAGAGAUUAAGAACGUGUGGUGGAUCAACCUCGCAGAACGAACUCAGCAAUCGUGGAUCAACCUACAGAGGCUUCUACGAAGCCUUAAGGCAGUGUACGGCCCUACGCACCACGCCCAGAGUCCUUUGCGCAGUGCAGACGGUGAGGCGCUCCUCGCAGACAGGGCGUCUAUCCUGAGUCGCUUGUCCGAGCACUUCCACGCCCUCUUCAGCGCUGAUCGAGUCGUUCAGUUCUCAGCAAUCCUUCGCAUCCCUCAGCUCCCAGUUAUAGUGGAAUUGGACGAACCACCCUCUAUGAAAGAACUCACAGAAGUCAUAGAGAAGAUAAAGAGUGGCAAGGCAGCUGGAGUUGAUGGCAUCCCACCAGAGAUCUAGAAAGAUGGAGGCCCAGCGUUACACAGAAAGCUCCACGAACUCCUCGUCUGUUGUUGGGAACAAGGAAAGCUUCCAAGAGACCUCUGUGAUGCAGUCAUCGUUACCUUGUACAAAAACAAGGGGGAAAGUCAGUCUGCUCCAAGUACCGGGGGAUCACUCUGCUUUCGAUCGCAGGAAAAAUCAUUGCUCGUGUGCUCCUGAAUAGUCUAAUACCUACCAUCGCAAAAGACCACCUCUCAGAAAACCAGGGUGGCUUCAGAGCAAACAGGGGUACCACAGACAUGGUCUUCGUCCUCAGGCAACUCCUAAAGAAGUGCCGGGAACAGAACAAAGGACUCUAUUUAACGUUUGUGAACCUGUCGAAGGCCUUCGACACAGUGAGCAGGAAGGGACUUUGGCUCAUUAUGGAGAGCCUCGGCUGCCCCCCAAAGUUCCUCAGUAUGAUCAUCUAGCUGCAUGAAGACCAGAGCGGCCAAGUCAGGUUGAACAGCACCCUCUCAGAACCCUUCCCCAUCGUCAACGGCGUGAAACAGGGUUGUGUCUUGGCUCUGACUCUGUUCAGCAUCUUCUUCAGCAUGAUGCUUAGGAAAGCCACAGAAGACCUUGACGAUGACGAUGCCGUCUACAUUCGCUAUCGCCUUGACGGCAGCCUGUUCAACCUCAGGAGGCUGCAAGCCCAUACAAAGACCCAUGAGCAGAUGAUCCGAGACCUCCUCUUUGCCGACGACGCUGCCCUUGUUGCCCAUACUGAAAGAUCCCACAUCAGAUCCAACAACAUUUGAGAAAUUAACCUUCCACUCCUCUUCUUU